ACAAGUUUGCUACAGGGUGCAGUAGCAGGGCAGAGACGGAGAGUGGGGGGAGGGAUGGAUUUGGGGGGAGCUGGAGGCAAUGGAUGUGAGAUUGAGCCCACCCAGUUCUGCCCACAGGUCUGUCAAGCAAGGAUCCGGACAGGCUCUGGGCAACGGAAGGGUCUCCUCCCCGGCUGAGAGAGGAGGGAUGGAAGAUGACAGCAGCAGGCCUUGGGAGGGGAGCCCGAGGCAGGGAAUGGAAAUGGCGCCUGGUCUCCCCAGGCAGAGUUCAUCAGGGUCCAGGAUCUGCCCUCUCUUGGCAUCGUCUAGCCAGGCCAUGGCUCAGGUAUCUGAUACCUGGGGCCCGGAGUCACAUGCCAGGAAACCCAAUACGCUUGGGUCCCAGCCCCCAACUUCCAGCAGCGAUGAGCAAGCAGGACUUCUGGAGAAGGAAGCGGGUCUCCAGAGCGGAGCAGCAGGGAGGCUACUUCCGGGAGGGGGGCAGCCCAGGAGAAGGCUCUCCCCCCAACAGAGUGCCAACUGGCCUUCUGGUGCCUACCUGGCCCGCCUGGCAGCCACCCAGAUCCUACUCCGUUCCAGGACUAUGCCAAUCGGCGGCCAUGCUCGCACCAGCCAGUCACCUCCUGUCCCUGUUGCUGGUGAUGGGCACAGGGGGUACCAUGCCCAGCCCCCAGGGACCUCCCCAGGGCUGCUACAUGGCAGAGGAAGCUGGUGAGCGGACAUUCCGCUGCAGCCAGGCAGGCCUGACUGCCGUGCCCACUGGCAUUCCCAACGACACCCGCAAGCUCUACCUGGAUGCCAACCGGCUAGCAUCGGUGCCAGCUGGUGCCUUCCAGCACCUGCCUGUUCUGGAGGAGCUGGAUCUGUCCCAUAACGUCCUUGCCCACCUCUCAGGGGCUGCUUUCCAAGGCCUGGGCACGCUGCGGCACCUCGACCUCUCUGCCAACCAGCUGGCUUCAGUGCCCGCGGAGGCCUUUGUGGGGCUGCAGAUCCAAGUGAACCUGUCUGCCAACCCGUGGCGCUGCGACUGUGCCCUCCAGGAGGUUCUCAGACAGGUGAGGCUGGCGCCGGGCACUGGGACAGGCAUCGUGUGUGGCCCUGGAGCCCGACCAGACCUGGUGGGGCAGGAGUUCCUGCUGCUGGCAGGGGAGGAAGAGCUGUGUGGGCCGGGGCGGGGCGGGGCCCGGCGGAGCACCGAUGUGGCCCUGCUGGUCACCAUGGGGGGCUGGCUGGCGCUGGUGGUGGCUUACCUGGCCCACUAUGUGUGGCAGAAUCGGGACGAGACCCGACGUCCCCUCAAGAGGGCCCCCGUGCUGCCGGUGCGCUCGGAGGACUCCUCCACCCUCAGCACAAUGGUCUGAGGACCAGGUCCACUCCUCUGGCCCUCACCCCACGCUCUUUCCCCUGGGCUCUCUCUUGUCCUCUGACCCCUGUGCCUCCUCUGCAGCGCCAUCCCAUCCCCCAAAUUCCACCCCCUCCCUCCUCUGUCUCUCAUACACGCCUCAUUGCUCUUUUUCAGCCAACACCAUUAUUGGUGCCUGGAGUUUUGGGUGCCGACUCUGAGCCCAGAUUGUGCAAGACUCAAAGCUCCCGAGU